CAACAGAAUGGAGAGCGGAGCGACUGCGGAUCAGUGCAUAUGGCAUUAACGGCCAGGGUGAGAUAGGCAAGAGAGACAUUUCAGAGUACGACAGUGUACCAGUCACCUGCUCGAGUAAAAUCUUAGGCGAUACAAAUAUGAGUAGUCAAUACGACGACGACAACCGCGACCGAAGUGAAUGUAAAAGCAAGUCGCCCACCGUGCUUUCCUCGUACUGCAUAGACAGUAUACUGGGCAGAAGAAGCCCGUGCAAAGUCAGACAACUGGGAGCGCAAAGUUUGCCAGCACCCGUCAGAGCGGACCAACACCAGACACCUGAAGUCACAUCUAAAGAGAACUCUUUUGAUGCGGACAUGCACCUGCCACCCAAACUUCGCAGGCUCUACGGCCCCGGAGGGAAGUACCUGGACGUCGGGAGGGGGUUUCACGAGCACCUAGAGAAAAGUGAGAGGGAAAGAUUGCUGGACCAAGCCUGUGAAAGUCUCAAAAUCAGCCAGGCACCACAAGUGAGCAUCAGCCGUAGCAAAUCAUACAGAGAGAAUGCGCCCUUCAGCCAGGCCGACGAAGGCCAGAGCCCCGAGCACACAGGCCAGGAGCUGGUUGAGCUCAGCACCCUGAAGUUUGAAGAGGAUGUUGUCAAAGAGGAGGCGUGCGGAGACGCUGGACUGUCUCCAAAGGAUGAAGAGAGUAUGCACAACGAUGGGGAUGUAAAAGAUGGAGAGGACAGUGUGUGUCUGUCUGCCGGCAGCGACUCGGAGGAAGGGAUGCUUAAACGAAAGCAGAGAAGAUACAGGACUACCUUCACCAGCUACCAGCUGGAGGAACUAGAGAGGGCCUUCCAGAAAACACACUACCCUGAUGUGUUCACCAGAGAGGAGCUCGCUAUGAGGCUGGACCUGACAGAAGCACGCGUACAAGUUUGGUUUCAAAACCGAAGAGCAAAGUGGAGGAAGAGAGAAAAAGCAGGCGUCCAGGCUCACCCAGCGGGCCUUCCUUUUCCCGGGCCACUGGCGGCUGCUCACCCCCUGAGCCACUACCUGGAUGGAGGGCCCUUCCCACCUCACCCUCACCCUGCUUUGGAGUCAGCAUGGACUGCGGCAGCCGCAGCAGCAGCUGCAUUCCCAGGUCUGGCCCCACCUCACAACAGCUCCGCCCUCCAACCCGCCACACCCCUCGGAUUAGGAACCUUCCUGGGCACAGCAAUGUUCAGGCAUCCAGCCUUCAUCGGACCCACUUUUGGCAGACUGUUUUCAAGUAUGGGUCCCCUCACCAGUGCUUCCACUGCCGCUGCUCUACUGCGCCAAGCCGCACCACCGGUGGAGAGUCCGGUGCAGCCACCGGCAACCCUGCCAGAACCACCUUCUUCCUCAUCCUCCACAGCCGCUGACCGCAGGGCAUCCAGCAUCGCAGCUCUGCGCCUCAAAGCAAAGGAACAUUCGGCCCAGUUGACCCAGCUAAACAUUCUGCCAUCCAGCACUGCAGGAAAGGAAGUGUGUUGAUCCUUCUGCUUAAAAAACAAAUAAUAUAAAAAACCAUCUCAACAAAGCACGACCAAAUCCAUAUAGCACUAUAGCACACUGGAGACCCUCCCGACACUGGACAUCAUCACCAAACAUAAGCCCUUAUUACUCCUGAGUUUUUGAGUGUAACGUAGGCAUCUCUUAGGGAGACUGUGCUUGGUCAAGUCAUAUCCAUCCAGUCUUUUGGGUCAGGAGGAAGUGUGGUAAAUUCACACAAGAGAAGAAUCAUCGGAACUGCACUGCAAUACAGAACUCACAAUCUCUUCCUAGUCUUCUCUCAGUGCUGAAGCAGAGAUGGGUCAAUAUGCCAAAGGGAAAUGCCACAACCUGCAAAGCCCGAAAAUGACUUUUACUAAUCUUGAAUCCACAUGCAUUCACUCAUUGUUGGCCUCGAUAUUAGCACAUCAAAUUUCUGAUGAUUCAGCUUUACUUUUUUGUUUUAUGUUAAUAAGAUAUUUAGGUGAAAAAUAAUGAAAAAAGAAAUGCUUUGUUUUAAGGAUGAACAACGUGAAAAUGUAAAAUUUUAGCCUGUUUACUGAUCUGUUAAGGGUAUACUGUAUAUAGCUGUUUAACAAAGAAUGAAAGGGGGCGAAAUAACAACUAAAUAUAGUUUAUUUCGAAACGUGUAGUAUUGUAGGAAUGGUUUCAAGUAGAUUCAUCCUCUGUUCGAUUGAUUUGGGAAAUUUUAGAUUUUUAGAUGAUUAUUUAUGUCUACCCGGUAGAGAGCUUGAAAUCCAGGCCGGGGAUUUUUUGCUAUUCAGUGAGAGUUUUCCCUGUCGCGCGCCAGUUAAGACAGAAUAAAAGAAACUGGUGAAACUUAAAUCCUCAUGUAUUAUUUACAAAAGAUAA